AUGUUUGCUAGAAAUAUAUCAACUUGUUUUCUCCAAAACUCAUUAAAAGGUCAAUCUCUUAAGAUUGUGCGUAAUAUUUCAGUAACCAAUGUGAAUCAUGAUAUAGUUAAAAUACAAAGCACAGAUGAUUUUAAUGAUAAAGUCAUAAACAGCAAAGUACCCGUUAUUGUUGAUUUCUUUGCUACGUGGUGUAAUCCUUGUCGGCUCUUAACACCUCGAUUAGAAUCUAUAAUCUCUGAAAAUAAAGGCAAGAUAGUACUGGCAAAAGUAGAUAUUGAUGAGCAGACUGAUUUGGCUCUGGAUUACGAAGUGAGCUCUGUGCCUGUACUAUUGGCUGUGAAGAAUGGUAAAGUUCAACAACGUUUAGUUGGAUUGCAGGAUACUGACAAAUUGCGAAAAUGGAUUGAACAAUUUACUAAUGACGUAGCUAAGGCUGAAGUUAAAGUGUGA